AUGGUGGUGGACACAGGCCCUUCGGCGAAGAAGAGACGGCCCGAGCGAGCGGCAGAAAGACACCGUCGACACCUUUCAGCUGCUUAUUCCAAUAGAACCGCACUGGAGGCCCGACCCGUUCGCCACUAUCGACGCUCAAAGCACAUCCGUGGGCGAAUGGCGCCAGCUUGGGACACACGCAUUCAACCGCAUUCGUGGACCGAUCUUGUUCAGCCGCCGUAUUGCUGCGCCGUGAUCAUCGUUCGGCACGACUUGCCUUUUGGAAAUCAGCAGGUUGCCAAUGGCAUGCUGCACUGCACUGCACUGCAUCAAAGGCGCGUCACGUACAAGUAUGAGUGGCCAGUAGAGAGAGAUCCAUUCUACCCCUUAGGUAGCUUGUCCGUUGCGAUGCCCGUGGUUUUGGAAGCCAUUCUGCCUCCAUCGAAGCCCUGCCUGCCUGCCUGCCUGCCUGCCGGCAGCCUGAGCCAGCAGUAUAGAAGAGGCGCAAGGCUGCAGAACGACUCCGUAAUGCUCGAAUGCAAACCGAACAAAGGGAAAUAG